UCUUUGCCCAGCAUCCACACGAGCACGAACAAGGAAUCAAAAGAUCCACCAAGCGCACGAACACUUCGAUCGAUCAGGCUGAUGACAAUGGCCGCUGCGUCUAGGAAGGCGUCAGUUCCGGGAACCUCCGUCCUCGCGGCGGUGGCGGUGGUAACGGUGCUGCUGGUGCAGGCCACGCCCGCAGCGGCGCUGGUGCCGUACGGGCGUGGGCUGAUGUGGGACCUGCUCGACGAUCCGUUCCGGGUGCUCGAGCAGUCGCCGUUCUCGGCCCCGGCGACGUCGCCACCGAGGGUGACGGGCGGCAGCGAGGCGGGGCUUGCCGGAGUGGCGCUGGCGCGGUGCGACUGGAAGGAGACCCCCGAUGCGCACGUCAUCUCGGUGGACGUGCCCGGGGUGCGGCGUGAGGACGUGAAGGUCGAGGUGGAGGAGAACAGCCGGGUGCUCCGAAUCUCCGGCGAGCGGCGGGCCGACGAGGAGAAGGACGGCGAGCGGUGGCACCGCGCCGAGCGCGCCGCGGGGCGGUUCUGGCGAAGGUUCCGGAUGCCCGCCGGAGCCGACGUCGACCGCGUGUCCGCCAGGCUGGAGAGCGGCGUGCUCACCGUAACCGUGCCCAAGGUCGCCGGGCACCGCGGGCGGGAGCCGCGCGUCAUCAGCAUCGCCGGCGGCGAUGAUGGCGGUGCGGAGGAGGCGGCGGAGGUCAAGGCGUCCAAAGCCGAGAUGUGAGCGUACGUGGCGUUGUAUUUUGCGUUCGCCUCUGUACGUCUGAUGAGACGCUUCCAUUGAUGUGUUGGCGUGCCGUGUUCCUGCGCGCGUUGACCGUGUUUAUGUGUUUGUUGUGUACGAGCACGAUCAUCUUGUCCGCCCUAUUAUCGUAUACUCCCUCGUUCAAGAAAAAUUGCAAUUCUAAAAUUCUCGC